AUGAUCGCACGACUACCGACCACAGUGAUGGCGUCCGUGAGGGCAUCCAGCUCGAGGACCUUCGCCACAACAGCAGCCGUGGCAGCACCAGUCAAGUCGAUUCCCAAGCCAAAAGGCGACAUUGCAAAUGCGGAAAAGUUCUUGACGGCGAUCUCGCGCACUCGUCGGGACUUGGCGGCGAACUCGUCGCUGACGGGAGCGAUCGGCGACAAGUGGUCCAACAUCUUCACUGUGCGCACGACCGAGCUCAAGGAGGCCGGCGUCACCACCAAGGACAGGAAGUUCUUCCUUUGGGCACGCGAGAAGUUCCGCCAGGGCGCUGAUCCAGCUCUCUUCAUCACCGACGCCAAGCCAAAGAAGAAGGUCCGAGGAUGGGGCCCAAGAGUGCAGACGGCUGAGCGCAUCCGCGUGCGCGGCGUCAGGAGGCCCGGCGAGAAGUAG